AUGAAGUUCACCGCCAUCUCCGCAGCUCUUGUCAUUGCCUUUGCCUCCGCUCAGGAGUCUGGCUCGGCUCGCCCUGAAUUCAGCGGCUUCCCUAGCGGUGUUGCUCGUCCCACCGGUUCUUUCCCGUCUGGUGCAUCUGGCUUUGCGCACCCAUCCGGUCACCACGGACACCCCCACCACAGACCCAGCGGCGCUUCAGGCUUUGCUCACCCGUCUGGCAGCCGUCCUACAGGUCUUCCCGAAUUCUCGGGCUUCCCGUCUGGUGCUGCUCCGUCCGGCGCUGCCCCCACAGAUGCCGGCCUCCAGCGCCGUCAAGAGAGCGGGUUCGCUCAUCCAUCCGGCUCGGGACGUCCUGAGUUUCCUAGCGGUUUGCCGAGUGGCUUUCCUAGCGGCGGCUUCCCAAGCGGUCCUAGCGGUGUAGCCCCCACAGGCUUCCCCGGGUUCCCGUCAGGCUUUGCUCACGGUAGCGGUCGUCCUCGUCCUACCGGCCCUCCUCCAUCGGGCUUCCCUACGAAUUUCCCUAGACCUACCGGCUCUUUCAGCGGCCCUGCUCCUUCUGGUGCCGCGCCUUCAGGCCUCGAGCGCCGUCAAGAGAGCGGCUUCGCCCAUCCAUCUGGCUCGGGCCGUCCUGAGUUUCCCAGCGGUGUAGCUCCGUCAGGCAUUCCUAGCGGUGGGUUUGCUCACGGCUCUGGUCGUCCUCGUCCUACUGGCCCUCCUCCAUCCGGUUUCCCGUCAGGUUCUGCCUUCCCUCGACCAACAGGCAGCUUCGGCGGUGCUGCUCCUUCGGGUGCCCAGUCUUUCGGCGCUCAAGCAUUCGACGCCAGCGCUACUCAAGGUGGUGAGCGUCCCACCGGUGCUUUCCCAUCUGGAGACUUCCCGUCAGGCUUUGGCGGCUUCCAGUCCGGCGGUGCUCAGCCUACUGGUGGCUUCGGUGGACAUGGUCAACAGGGCGGUCAGGGUGGCUUCCCCGGCUUUGGUGGCCAGUCUGGCUCUGCUGGUGCCCAGCCGACCGCUGCUCCCAGCGGUGGUUUCGGUGGAUCUGCCGCACCAAGCGGUUUCCAAACGGUCCGCCGUGUUUAG